AUGACAGUACCAAUUUACGUUGGUGAAAUAGCUCCAUCACAUAUACGAGGCCUUCUUCUUACAUCGUUUCAACUGAUGAUCACUUUCGGAUUGAUGGCAUCAAACAUCAUUGCAGGAUUAUUCUCAUAUAUUGAUCCAAUAAACAUAGGAUGGCGCUUGAUGUUUGCUUUUGCAGCUGUUCCAGCCAUCAUUCAAUUUUUCGGCUUCCUUUUUUUGCCGGAAAGUCCAAGAUGGUUAUAUGGUCAUGGAAAAAAACUUGAUGCUGAAAAAGUAUUAAAACGUAUCUAUGCGGAAAGUAUAGAAUGGGUAAAUUUUGAACUACAAGCAAUAUCUGAAGCAUGCGAGGAAGAAGAAACAUCGAAAAAAGUUGUUGGAGAUUCGUCGACACUUCUUUGCAUAUUAAAAACGAAACAUGUCCGCAAGGCUUUAAUAAUUGGUUGCAGUCUUCAAGCUUUCCAACAGCUAGCUGGAAUUAAUACUAUUAUGUCUAGUCGUAAUAGUAAACUUUAUAUUUCUUAUCCAGAAUAUAUCUCGAUCGAAGUUUACAAAACGGACGCUGGAAGCAAUUCGUGGACUAGCCUUGCUUUGUAG